AUAAUCAAGAGAGUUUAUUUAUUUUCAUCCGAUUUCCUUUGCAUCUCAUUUCUCUAGGAUUAUGAUUAAUUUCAUGUUAACUAAACAGAGAGUUAUAGCACACUAAGAAACUAGCUAGAAUGCAGCACCUACUUUCACCACCAGAAAUGAGAAAGAGCAAACUAGUUUAUCACAACAGCUACCAUUCUAUACUUAGAUAACGAGGUAUUAUUCAGAGGUGGCCAACUUCAAAGUGCUCUCAACACUAUCAUCAACAUUACCUAACUUUGAUCAUACUUCUAUAUAAUAAUCCAUGAAGAGACUGUGUUUUCUACAUGCAACCCUUUCCUCAUUUUCCUUUAAUCUUGGUAUCUUAAGAUUUUUGUACUUCAUGGCUUCUCUUGGUAACCAUAAUAACAAUGAAGUUAAUGACAUAGAAGCAAAGCAAAACCAAACUCAAGACACUGAAGAAAACAACAUUGACUAUUCCAAAAGAGCACAAUGGCUAAGAGCUGCUUUGUUAGGAGCCAAUGAUGGUUUGGUAUCAAUAACAUCAUUGAUAUUAGGUGUUGGAGCUGUGCAUGAAGACAUCAAAACAAUGCUUCUAGCUGGAUUUGCAGGACUAAUUGCAGGAGCAUGUAGUAUGGGAAUUGGAGAGUUUGUAUCAGUGUACACUCAGUUUGACAUAAUGGUAGCUCAAAUGAAAAGAGAGAACAAAAUCAACAGCACUUUUGUUGAAGAGGAAAAGCAGCUACUACCAAAUCCUUUUCAAGCUGCUAUUGCAUCAGCAAUUGCAUUUUCAUUUGGUGCUACUGUUCCAUUGUUAGGAGCAGCAUUGGUAAGGGACUAUAAGAUAAGGUUGUUUGUUGUUGUUGGUAUGGCUAGUUUUGCAUUGUUGGUGUUUGGUGGUGUAGGAGCAAUACUUGGUAAAACAUCAGUGAAAAUGUCUUGUGUUAGAGUGGUGGUUGGAGGUUGGAUGGCUAUGGCUAUUACCUUUGGCUUAACCAAAUUCGUUGGCUAUAGUUCACUUUGAAUGUGGUUAUGUAGUACUGUGCUACUAUUUUAUUUUAUUUUUUAAGGAUGUGCUACUUUUUAUGAAUAAUUCAAAUGUUUUGAUUA